GGAUCAAGUAGCAUGAUUCGCUUCUAGAAAAUCCACGUUAUGCUUCUUCUCUAAAUCUUUUGAUACAAAUACACAAUUGAGUCACAUUAAUAACUAUCUUACACUUUAAUUACCAAAAUUGCCAUUUCCAUGUGCCCCCAACCACUUCCUCCUAUAUAUACGGCUAUUUAUACAACAAGACAAAAAAAAAAAAACUCCAUUAAAGCAAAAAACUCCAAAACCUCUCUCUCUUUCUUCCUCACACGCUUUUUUCAUUUCUCAACUGUAAAAAAUCUGAUCCAAUGGAGAAAGACGAUGCAACGGCGUCGUUUUCACCUAGCUUCAGUACUUAUUCCGGCGAUAGACUCGUCGAAAUCGCCGAACGAGUCUGUUACAAAGAGAAAUCAGACGCCGAAUUCGAGUUUUCGACGGCGGCGACUUCUUCUUCCGGUGACGGUGGACUAGUUUUCCCUGUAUUUAACAAGAAUCUAAUCUCCGGAGAUGUUUCUCCGGAGAAAGUAAUUCCGUUGAAGGAUCUAUUCCUCCGUGAACGUAACGAUCAACAACCACCGCAACAAACAUACUCAUCGUCUUCCGACGAAGAAGAAGAAGACGACGAGUUUGAUUCGAUCCCGAGCGAGAUCUAUUGUCCAUGGACACCAGCGAGAUCUACGGCGGAUAUGUCACCAAGUGGAGGAUGUAGAAAAAGCAAAUCUACAGGAUCAUCAUCAACCUCUACAUGGUCAACGAAACGAUGGCGUUUGAGAGACUUUCUCAAGAGAAGUAAAAGUGAUGGUAAACAAUCACUUAAAUUCUUGAACCCAACAAACAGAGAUGAUGAUGAUGAAUCUUCCAAAUCGAAGAAGAAAGUUUCAGUUUCAGUUACAGUUUCUGCACAUGAGAAGUUUUAUCUGAGGAAUAAAGCGAUUAAAGAAGAAGACAAGAGAAAGUCAUAUUUACCGUACAAGCAAGAUCUUGUUGGUCUUUUUUCUAAUAUUCAUCGUUAUGGCAAAACUUUUCCUCCGUUUUGAUUCAUUGAUUUGGAUCUAUUCGGUGAAAAUUAUGAUUUUAAAUUCGUAUUUAAUAAAUUAUGUAAGAUGUAGAUUUGUAUUUUUAAUAAUUACAUCUUAAAUUAUGUUUUUAUUAGUUUGUAAACAAUUUUGAUUAUUUUCGUAAUCAUAUAGUUUUAUAAUUUGGGUGAAGGUUUUGAUGUAAAUAUAUUUUAUUUAGUUGAAAAUUGACAAGUUGUGAGUGUAUUUUAGUGUGUAUUUGAUGUUUUUUCAGGAAGAUCAAUGGAUAUAGACAUGUAUGUAAAUGAAGACAACAAGAUAUUAAACUUUUAUGGAUGGACAUCAUUAAUUUGUAAAUUGACAACUAUACUUUAUUUUGAUUAGAUUUUUUU